UACAACCACGUGGACGAAACGCACGACGCAUGGACGCAUGCAACAAGGAUACAAAAUGCACUGCCUUAGCAACGGAGUCCUUCCUGACGACGGUAAAACAAAAACAUACCAAUUAUGACAGAAAAGUAAUUCUUACUUCGCGUUUGGAGUUUGUUUGUGGAAUUUUAGCUAUUUUAUAAGUUUUUAACGUUUAGAACAAAAAGUACACCAACGAUCAGACAUGGACUGGCGCCAAAUGCUCUCCGUGUCGCCGCACAAUCUAGCUGACGAGCGUAAAGAUGAAGUAGCGGCCAGUUUGGCUGCCGUUCCCACAGAUCAAAAGUUGGAUAGCAAGAGCUGUAAAAAGUUAUUCCGGCUGGCCCAGGUGGUGCUACGCUUCCGCAACGAGCAGGUUGGCCAACUCAGAAUUGAAGUGGAUCGAAUCACGGAAGGAAAUAAGCAAAACGAAGUCCGAGGUUCACCGUCAGAUCAACUGCGGGAACAGGUAAAAGACCUUAAACGAGUUGUCGACAAGUUGGAAACGGAGCGACAUACAAACCGCACCAGAAUCAAGGAGCUAUCAGAAGAAACGGUAGCACUGCAGAAGAAGCUAGCCGAAAGUAGCCACGUUGGCAGCGACGGGGAAGACUCGCCGGACGCACUGUCGGAAAUCGAUCGCCAACAGGAACUCUACAACAACAUCAGCAUGAAGAACAAACACAUCAAACGCUUGCUGCGGGACAUUGACGAUCUUGAAAAGCGCAACAGCUUCCAGAUUGACACCAUCAACAGCUUGCAGGUCAGUUUGAACGACGCAACUAUGAAUUUGACGGCGUUGACGCAUCAGUACGAAGAAACGCAGGCCAUCAUGAAGGAACAAGAGGUGUUGAUUGAGGAAGCUAACGAGAAGAUCAAAACGCUGGAAGGCGAUGUGGAUGGAUUGGCUGAAGAGAAGGCUAGAUGUGAGGAGGAUUUGGAGGGGUUUGCAAAGCAGUUAGAGCAGCGCACCGAGCAAUGGCAAGAUAUUCUGGAAAGGAAGCAGGAAGAGCUAGAGGAAAUCGAAACAAAAUACUCGGAGUUGAUGCAACAGUGUCCGGGAUAUGACAUCGAGGCAGAGAGAAAGGAAUUCAAAAAGAUGAGUACGAGACUUCACGAAAAAGACCAGAUGAUUGAAGAAUUGGAGAAGAAAAUCACGAUGCUGUCGCAGGAGAUACUAUCAUCGACAGAGCUGAUGAACAGAAUUUCGCAGCAGCGGGAGAACGCAAGCAAGGAAACGGUGAAAGUGAGUCAAUGUUGCGAGGAGAGCCGAGUGCUGUUGGACAAGGCCAACAAGCGAUGUGAGGAAAUACAAGACAUUUUAACAAGCGUUGAAGAGGAUAACAUGUUGAAAUCGAAACAAGCUGUUGAAGCCAUCGAGGCAUUGAGAAGGUACGAAAGUGGCGAGGAAGGGCUGGCGAAUGCUCUGAAGAAGAUCAACCGAUUGCAUGAGAAGGUCAACGUAAGAGAUAAACAGAUACGGGAACUGGUAGCGGAAAUCAACCUGGCGAAUGAAAUUACCAUGGAGAAUGCAGUUCUGAGAAAACGUUUGGGAAUUAGUGAAGAUGAAGUCAUACCAACUCAUUCUGUUCUGUCCAAGCAGAGGAAAAUCGAGAAGGUUAACGAGAGAUUAGCGUUGAAGCUAAGGGCUUCGGAAGAAAUGCGGCUUCAGCUCAAACUGGAGAAGAAUGAUCUGAAGAGAAAGCUUUAUCAAUUGUCGCAAUCGUUAAGUAGCAAAAGAAGUGCCGACAAGGACAAAGGUGAAGGAAAUCCAGAGCAGCCAUUGAUUGAAGAUGCAGCGACUGAUGAGAAUCAGACAGCGGUUGAUGUGGAAGAAAUUUCCAAGCUCAGCGACGUGGACGUUGUGAAGUUUUGUGAGAAGUGUAUGAAACAGUAUAAUGUCAACGAUAGUAGAAAGUACUGUAAAGCAUGCAUAUUUAGACAAAGCUUCAACUUUUGUGAUGGAUGCGUUAAAAAACUGAAAAUCAAUAUCAGCUCAGAUGAUGAUCCAAAAACUAGAUAUGAUGAGAGGUUUGAAGAGCUAGAGAAAAAGUAUGCUACUGUUGUGGAGGAGAACGAAAACUUAAGAAUUGGAAUGCACGAAAUUUUACAAAAGUUACGAGAAUAUGAUGCUACGUCAAAUCACAUAACGAUAGACACAUCGACAUUGGAACGUCUAUUGCAUGCGUUGGAUGCCAGAGGCGUCAAUGGGUGGUAUCACCCAACUAUGGGAUUACAGAAUGAGUUGCUGACUACAAAGGAAAGAGAUUUACUACUGAAAGAACGUUUGAAUCUCAAAAGCAAACAAAGUACAUUUUCGAUAGGAAGCCGAGACGAUUCUGGAAAUGUAUGUGACGAUGAAGAUAACAUGGUAGAUAUGGAUAACGUAAUGACUGAGCAGCCUGAACUAAGCGAACAAGUGUUGCUAAAAUCGGUGGAAAACGAUCACUUGAAUGCUCAGAUCGAGUCUCUGAAGGAAGAACGUGAUCAGCUACUUAAAGAGAAUGACGAUCUUGUGGUUACGAGAAAUCUGUACGAAGAACUGUUGCAAUUUACCAAGUCGACAGAUAAUGAGAAAGAUAGGAUACUUGUUGACACGCUAGAACGAUUGAAAACCAUAGAAUCCAAUAUUUGCGCAUUUCAGAGAAAAGUAGAAUUUCUAAAAGCGGAGAAUGACAACAUGCAUAAUGCAAUGCGGGCGAUCGAAGUAGAUCACUUGAAUGUGCUUCACGGGUUGCGAACCGAACUGGCCCGGAGGAAUAGCACCGUAAAAAAGUUGGAGCAACAAACGAGUGCUGAAGGGCAUAGCGUGAGCAGUCCAGAUUCAGAGUCGAUCGGGAAAUUGGAGACAGAGAUUGAACGAAUGAAGCUGGAGACAGCCAAUUUCUACACGAUUUUUUUGAAAAACAUUCAAGAGGUCGACAAGGAUAAUCUUUUACAGCUUGGGUACGAGAAUUUAUCUCGCGUAGGGCUUGUUGAAUCAAACUUGGCAAUUGACUUCAUUCCAAAAGAAGAGUUUAAGAGAAUGAUGAAGCAGAUACGAACAUCGGAAGAGGAGUUAAAACGGCAACACAUCAAAAAUGGUCACCUAGAAGAGUUACUGAAGAUAUCACAAGAGCAAAUUCGGUCACAACAGGGAUUAAUUUCCAAGUUUUCGGACGAGGAAAUUAGUUUGAGACAUUUAGUAGCCGAUUUGCAGAGUUCUUCGAAUGAGAAAUAUUUGUUGGUUAAAACGCAGACCGAGUUGGACGCCGCUAGAGAACAGGGAGAGCUACUGAAAUUGGAAAAUGCCAAGCUGAAACAAUCGUUAAUUGAUAGCGGUGAGCAGUUGCACAAGUUGAAGGAACAAUUGGCGCAACAAGAGCUUCAGUUUAUUGAUAGCCAGAAGGACAACGAACUCAAGAUCAAAUUUCUCAGUCAAAGUGUAAAAAUGCUUCACGAAAACUAUAACUCCUUUACUCCAACUUAUGCGGUGACUGGUUUUGUAAAGGAAUAUUCAAAGCUUUUAGAACUGAAGAGGAGUUUGCUUCGACAAGUAGCAGUAACGGAUAAAGUUCAGAUAGAUGAAGACUACGAACGAUUGUACGCAAAGCUACGGGAAAAUCUGGAGGGUAGUCAUAUCCAAGAUAAGAUAAAUUUAAUCAAAUACGAAAGCCAAAGCGAGUAUCUCACCAAACAACUGAUCAUGUCUCAGGAACAAAUCGAACAGCUACAGGAAGAGAACUCGACUCUGAAGCUAGCUUCUGUCGAAAAUACCAGACAUUGGGAUACCAUCGAAAUAAUAUUCAAUGGAAAGCAGAAACCAGUAAAGGAUAAGGAUAAGUAUUUUGACAAAGAGGUUCAGGUUACCGUUGAAAUUAGCCACAAAUGCAUUAACACUAUUCCGAUUAUCGACGACAGUUUGGCGGAGAAACCACGACAGGCAACUCCUCCACUGAUCUUGCAGCACGCAUCACCUCAACAAUCGAUUGGAAAAACCUGCGACGCUGGACAGAUGACGGAAGAUUUGCGCGAAAGCCAACCGACCACUGUUGUGUCAAUGGCGCUGCAAAAAUCCUUGGAGUCUCAACUAAAGCAAGCAAUGAUGUUGGCUUCGACACGCAGUGCUUUGCUGCUCGAAACCGAGAGUCGCCUAACGGAAUGCCACGGACGGAUCAAACUACUGGAGAGGGCUGUGGAAGACAAAGAGGUGCAGUUGAGAAGGGCUGCACAAGCUGUCGCAAAUAGUGAGAAACAGGACGAUAAUAUUCUUAGUUCAACGAUUGGAUCGCUGCAAAACCUGCUUUUGGAAAAGGAUACCACUCUCUCGCGGUACCAGGAACUCAUUAGAAAUGAACGUCAAGAACACUCGAAGACGUACGACGAGAACAUUGGCCAGAUCAGAGCGCUCAAGAAGGAGGUUGAUGAAAUGGAGCAAAAGGCGUACAACAAGCAGAAGGAAAUAGACAAUUUAGGAGUUCAAUUGGCAAGCUUGAAUCAGUUCAAGUUGCAACAUGAAGCAGUUGCUGCAGAACGCGAAGCACAUCAAGCCGGGUCUAUGCAAACCGACAAGCCAGAGCUGGUUUACACGGAUAAGACCAUCGAGAACAUGUUUGAAAUCGAUCAGAAAAAGGAGGAGGAGAUCGAAGAAUUGAAGAUGCGUGUGAAGGUGGCGGAGAAAAAGCUUCAAGAGGCGAGCGAUGAAGUACGAAAAGGACAAAAUAAUCUCAGGGAAAUGAUCACGAGAGAAAAACGCACUGAGAAAAAUUUACGAGAUAAGGAUGAAGAGAUCGUGGCAUUGAAUGAGCGCCUUGCCAGAGAGCAUGACGAUUUAAGAGAAUUCACUGAUAAUAUAGCCAGCGCUCAAGAGAUUGAACAAUUGAAAGAAAUGCUGGAGGAGAAGGACCGACAUAUACAGGAUUUAACUGAAACGUUGACUCAAUUUCACGAUGACCAGCAGAAGUUUAUGAACGACACCUCGUUACAUUCGGCCGAGCAGGUUUCUCAACUCAGUGCCGAUUUGAACCGAAGUGAAGCAUCGAAUCGUGUGCUUAGAACGCAAAUAGACGCCCUGAAGCGUCAAAUAUCGAGCAUUCAACAACGCGAGAAACAGUCACGAGAUUUGGUAAAAACGCUGAAGAACCAGCUGAUUAAACGACCGGUGAUUUCCAUGAAGCCCGACCGAACUCCCACUCCGAGGGAAGAGCAACUCGGCCGAAAGGUACAACAACUCGAGACCGAGCUGCUGGAUACGAAGGAUGAGUUGCGCAAGCAAGUCAGCAUCAAUGAGAAUCGUCGCGCGAAGAAUGCCGCCGAGCUGGAUUUGUGGAACAAGCAGAAACGUUGGCAGCAAAUAGCCGAUAAGUUAAAGGUUCAGCUUAAGGAGCGGGAGGUGGAAUUGGAGAAAUUGAAGGUUCACUUCAAUUCGGCCAAAAACACGAUUGUGCGAUUGGAGCGUGAGAAGGCCAUCCUGGAAGGGAGAAGUAUUCGCGGUAGUACCGCCGGGUCUGCUACAAUGGCUCCGUCUCGAUAUGGUUCGGCAGACAGCAAGUAUACUCCGGCAGAUUCGCCGGAUUCGUGUACUACCGAGGGUACAGCGUCGGAUGAAGCCAGUACUGAAGUGAAUAUGUAUGCGCAAAAUAGCAAGGAAAUAAUUGAAGCGUUGAAGAAUAGAAUCGAAGCGCAACAACGAAGAAUAGUGGCAAUGGAGUUGGAGCGAAAGGGCUCAAACACUAUGACGCAUGAGUUAGAAAGGAUGCAAGAGAAGAUAUCCAAUUUGGAGGCACAAAACAUUAGACUGGAAGCGAGAACUCUUCAAUUGCAGCUGGACAACGAUAUGCUGCGCCAGGGUAACGAAUCCGAACGAUUACGCAGUCAAAUCAAGCAUCUAGAAGAUUAUGUAUUAGUGUUGAAGGAAGAACUCAGCAAAGCCACAGCCGGUUGUCCCGAAACAAUUAACUUCGACAACUUGUGCCAACGUUGUUCGCGAAAUGCGGGCACCGGUAGCGGUACUACAAGUAACAGUGAAUUAAUCGAUUACAAUGCCAAACUGGAACAAACCGUUAUCGCUCUCCGAAGAGUUGUGGAAAAACUGAAGGUGGAGAACAAGCAAUUGAAAGAGAACAAACCAUUUUCGGUGGCAAACGCCACCGAUCGCAAAUCUUCCUUGAAUGUGACCAAGGAAAGCUACGACCGUCUACAAAAAGAACACGACAAGCUUCAGCACAACUAUACGGAAGCUUUGAAUCGUGUAGCUGCACUCCAGGUGGAGGUUGAACUACUAUCCAGUGCCACUUGUCCCCAGUGUCAUCCUCGAGAGGGUGUUUCCCACGAAACGGAGCCUGACAUGUUGGAAAAGAAAACGCAACUGCUGGAAAAAGCAAAGAUUUUGCUCAGCCGAGCUGCCGCCAAGGAACGUUACCUAAAGGAGCAAAUUGCGUUGCUCAGACGAAAGUGUUCAGAUUUGCAGAACGUACCUGUUAUCGAUGAGAUCAGCGAGUAGUUUCGUCCUUGGUGCACAGCAAAUUCACUUAUCACUGCCAGCAUGUGUUGAUUUAUGUUCUGUUUUGGAUUUGUUCACUCUUUGUUUUUAAGAACGGUCACAAGCGUUGAAAAAGUACAAUUGCAUUAUUAAUGGUGGUGAAUACUUGAUUUAAAGCAUAUUUGUAUCUUCGGUCGUGCAAGUAAGAUUCCACAGAUAUAAUAAGACUUAAUUAAAAAAUAAAACGAAACAAUCGCCAGGAUGACUAAUUUCA